GAUUAUUCGUCCUUGUACUCCGCAAACACCUCACAUCGGUAUCGUUUCCUGGGAUUGGGUUCCUAUGGUUUAAUUUGGAUACUUUCGUUUAUAAUUGAAUAGCCCUCCCAUUGAGCAUGGGAGCUCGAACCGCAUCGGCCACCGGGCUGAUCCUCUCAUCACGAACAACUGUCUGUUCCCAAUGCCUCCGCGAUGACCUCCGUUUCACGCAUAUUGCCCUCCAAUCCCGCAAAUACCACCCGACGCGCCGGCGGGAUGCCUCGCCAUUCGGAGCUGCCGUGUCAGCGGCCCAGGCCAUUUUCAAGGGUAUGCCAAAGGCGCCUCCAGGGAUCUCCGUCGACCCAUUGAGAAUGGUUGGGAAAGAGCUCAAGUUUCUCACCAAGAACAUCCGACAAUUGCUUGGAUCAGGCCACCCCGCGCUGGACAAGGUCGCCAAGUACUACACUCAUAGCGAGGGCAAGCACAUGCGGCCCAUGCUUGUCCUCCUCAUGUCCCAAGCGACAGCUUUGGACCCUCGCAAGCACCACACCUACACGGAUAAACCAAGCCCCGUCGAUUCCUCCUUCAGUGCGCCAUCCAUCCUCGAAGACGCCAACCCAGAAAUGAACCCGCUCGUGGCCCCGAACGCCGAGAGCAAAUAUGAUAUCGCGGGAGAUGACAACAUCCUACCUUCACAACGGCGGUUGGCCGAGAUCACGGAGUUGAUCCACACAGCAUCUCUCCUACACGACGACGUCAUUGACAAUGCCGUGACACGUCGUGCCAAUAGCUCCGCAAACCUAGCGUUCGGAAAUAAGAUGGCCGUGCUGGCGGGUGACUUCUUGCUUGGGCGUGCCUCGGUAGCACUGGCUCGUCUGCGCGACCCCGAGGUCACUGAACUCAUGGCCACUGUAAUUGCUAAUCUAGUGGAGGGCGAGUUCAUGCAACUGAAGAACACUGCACAAGACGAAUCGAGACCCGUCUACACCGACGAGACACUUGCCUACUACCUCCAGAAGACUUACCUGAAGACUGCCAGUCUGAUCAGCAAGUCCUGCCGCUCUGCUGCGGUUCUGGGACGGAGUGCCCCGGAGGUGAUCGAGGCUUCGUAUGCCUAUGGCCGCAACUUGGGUCUGGCUUUCCAGCUUGUUGAUGAUAUGUUGGAUUACACGGUCACUGAGGCGGAGAUGGGCAAGCCUGUUGGUGCAGACUUGGAGCUUGGAUUGGCGACGGCUCCACUCUUGUUUGCGUGGAAGAGCAACCCGGAGCUUGGUCCUCUGGUCGGACGGAAGUUCCGCAAGGAGGGUGAUGUGCAGCUGGCCCGUGAGCUCGUUCGCCGCAGCAAUGGUGUUGAGCAGACCCGUGCUUUGGCCCAGGAAUAUGCCGACAAGGCCAUUGCCGCCAUCAGCGACUUCCCAGACAGCGAUGCCAAGAACGGUCUGAUUGAGAUGUGCGAGAAGACCAUGAAUCGCAGGAAGUAGGGGAGAUUGCGCUCCCAUGUACACAUAUUUUGUCUUUCAGCUUGCCCAUCCCUUGUUGUUUCUUCAGGUGACUGUCUU